AUGGCUCUGGUCAACCUCACAUCUGCCCCAGGGUUCCUCCUCCUUGGCCUCAUGGACGGGUCAGACUCCCACCCGCUGUUGUUCCUGUUCUUCCUUGGCAUCUACCUGCUCAACGCCCUGGGCAACCUGAGCAUGGUGGUGGUGGUAAGAUCCGAUGUGGCUCUCCGCUCUCCCAUGUAUUACUUCUUGGGUCACCUGAGCCUCGUGGAUGUCUGCUUUACCACCGUCACGGUCCCCAGACUGCUGAUCGGCCUGCUCCACCCAGUGCAGGUCGUCUCCUUCCAGGGAUGCUUUGCCCAGAUGUACUUCUUCGUGGCUUUGGGCAUCACCGAGAGCUACCUGCUAGCAGCUAUGUCAUACGACCGCGCGGUGGCGGUGUGCCGCCCGCUGCACUACGGCGCCGUCAUGACGUCGGGCCGCUGUGCGUCCCUGGUGGGGGCGUCCUGGGGGGUAGCCCACUUCCACUCACUGCUCCACACGCUGCUCAUCUCCGAGCUCUCUUACCCCGCCUGCGCCCCCGUGCGCCAUUUCUUCUGUGACAUGACAGUGAUGCUGAGCUUGGCAACCUCGGAUACAUUCGCGGCGGAGACUGCCAUCUUCUCCGAAGGCCUGGCCGUGGUGCUAACCCCGCUGCUCCUCGUGUCCCUCUCCUAUGCCCGCAUCCUUGCCGCAGUGCUCGGCGUGCGAUCGGCUGGAGGACGGCGCCGCGCCUUCUCCACCUGCGGGGCCCACUUCGUGGUGGUGUCGCUCUUCUUCGGCUCUGUUCUCUCGGUCUAUUUCCGACCGUCGUCUGCCUACUCAGCCCGCUAUGACCGCCUAGCCAGCGUGCUCUAUGCCGUGGUGACACCGACCUUAAACCCUUUUAUCUACAGCCUUCGUAACAAAGAGGUCAAGGGCGCCCUAAAAAGGGGCUUCGGACAGAGAGCCACACCUCAGGAGUUAUGA